AUGAAGAGAAAGAUAGAGAAUUCUAUAUAGAAUUCUUAAAUAAAGGAAGAGUAACAAGUGCAAAAUCAUAGGCUUCAUAGGAUAAUGUUAGGCAGUCUUGAAGAGUUGAAAAGACACCAGACAAAGUAGCAUAACUAUAUCAUUAGAUCAGAUAUAAAGAAAGGAAAGAAUUAGUGAUUCAGGAACUAUUGGAUGUGGGUAAGGAUCACUUCAGGUAAGAUAUAUUUUCUGCUAAUUAUAAAAAGAGUAUUGUGAACAGAAAGAUUUGGGCUAAUGACGAAUUAGUAUGA